CUGACUAAUGAGUGAAUUUGUCGCUUUCAAACUGGACGCGGGGUGAUUAUAGACUUAGGAAGUGGUGAAAAUGCUCCGAUAGAGUGGGUAUUUGUUGUCUUUACCCUUAUUUGUACAUCGAAGUUUGCACCUAAGUGAGAGCAACAGCACUUUCUUUCAUCUUUGUAAAUGAAAAUGAGUCCAUUCAAGAAGAAUGGUAUAAUGUCAUUCAAGACAUACGGAAAGCAAAAGCAAAAAUCUGAAAAGUGGAUUUUGCCAGAUAGAAGAGCCAUUUUUUCUUCCUCCUCUUCAGAUAUUUCAUAUAGUUUUGAAGAAGACAAGUGUCCUGCCCAUGUAAAAACGAGGAAAAAGGCAAGUACUGCCAAAGUCAUUAAGCCUAAAGAUAAUGGCAAGUUACAAGCAGGAGCAAUUCUGAGAGUGAAAAACAGGGAAAAAGAUUUGGCUGAGGAAGUAAUCCUGCACUCCAGUUCUGGAAAAGAGAACAGAACAUACUCUUCAGGUUUGACAGUUAUUGACAAAAGUGUCGGAAAGAAUGACAACAGUCCAUCAAAACAAGAUUUUCCAGUUGGAGUGGCAGAAAAAAUUGUAAACUUUUCUAAAAGGCCUUUGAGGUCUUGCAGGGUUAAAGAUGCAAGACUACCAAGGAGUGCAAAGCAAAAAGCAUUAGAUCAUAUUAAAAUGUCAUCUGGAUUUGAUGACGUGAAAACUGAUGAAGAAGAGGAUCUUUUAUAUAAACAGAAAACAUUUCCUAGAAGCAAAGAAAUCAAAGAUGUGGAAAAGGUUAUCCAGUCUGAUUCUUCUGUGUUUGUGCCUCCUACACCAUUGCAAAGGUUUGUCACCAGACGCAGGAAAAUAGUAAAACGUAAUAAAACUGCUGCAAAUAAAGGCCCAUGGGACUCGGCAUUCAAACAGAGCAUAUCACAUUUCCUGGGAUCCAGUAUGAAAGAAUCUAUACCAACUUACAUUCAGAAGAAUACAUCUGAUUGUCCAGUCAACCUAAGUUCAGAAAAUUCAGUAGAAGUGUGUAGUUUCCAAAGGGAAGUAAACAAAGAAAUGUUUGAUCUAAACAAGACUAGAUUUAAAAGUCCCAUUGAGAGAGUAUUAACAAAAAGAGCUUUCAAGCGACCAGUGGUGUGUAGUACUCCGUCUGUUGUAUUAAAAUCUGGUCAACAAGUCAAUGAGCCCUCCCUAAGUGACAUUUCAUUUGGCAAUGAUGAGAAUGAAUAUAUGAAAUUCAAUGGAAAUAUGAUUCGUAGACAAAGAAAUAAUUUGAAAAACACUGGGCAUAUUAUGUAUCCUGAAGAGCAAAGCCCAGCUUCUAUUUUAAGAAGUACAAAAUCUACUUUGGAAAUAAUUUCACAAAAUGGACAUUGUAGUUUUUCUAACAUAAGUCAACUUUCCAAAGAUUUAUUUUCAGAUGUUUCUAGUAGUUUUAUAGAGUCCCAAUCUGAAAGAGCACAAUUAGAGGAGAAAACUGAUAAAGGUGAUAACCACCGACCUUUGGGUUCUGAGAAAUAUCUGGAAAGCCACUUGGACUUGGCUUAUAAUUCCAAAUGUAGACUUUCUGCAUCAGAACCUGUUGUGUGUUUUGAAAGAGGUGAUACAUUUAAUUUUAUUGAGAAAAAUGCAUUGCAACCUGUCAUCUUGUUGGAAAAACUUGAUAAAUCCCAACUUACGAUAAACCAAAAAGAAUUGUCCAGCAAGUCACUAAAAACACAACACGAAUUCCAUUCAAGAAGCAGUACUGAACAUUUGUAUUCCGUCAUCGAUGAUUCUGUUGAUGGUCUGCUAAUAUCAAAUGAAAAAUCAAAUGUACAUUUGCCAUUGCCUGCUUCAACAACUGCACAGGAAUUAAAAACACAAUCCACCAUUACUGUUUCUUCACAGGUGGUUAAAACUAAUGAGAAAUUAGGGCUUGAAAUGGAUCAUUUACCUAUAUCACUUCAGCACAAUUCUGACACAACUGAUUUUGUAAAUUCUGGCAAUAAUAUGCAGGAUGUUAAUUUGAUCAAAAGGCGUUGCCUCUCUUUGCAGCCUGUGGUUUUGCUGGAAUAUGCGAGUAUACCACCAUAUCUCAUCAAGCAAAACGUAGGCUGUGAACAGGAGCUGGAAUCCAGGCAAGGCAGAAUGUCUGGUUACAUUGAAAAGCAACAAGACAUUUCUAAAAUAGAUCAGAUGGCAUUAACAAAUAGCAGCAUCAUGGACAAUCUCUCUGGAUUUAAUUCCUUAAUUUCUGAAGAACUGUUUAUAGAUUAUACAGGUGACCUUGUAAAUGGUGAAUCACUGGAGAAAAAUCUAGCAACCAAAUUUAUCAACAGCUCAAGAGGAAAACUGGCUGCAUGUAAACGUCUAACGUCACAGCACCCUAUUUCUGCACUGAAUGCUUCUCAGCAUACAAAUAUGGGUUCUUCCCAAGUAUCAAAUUAUUUGUCUUGCAGUAAGCUAGAAAAAAUAGCUCUUGAAGAUGUACUAAAAGAGGUUACCAAGGAAAAAACUAAAACUGUUCGCAAAGUUUGUGUCAGUGGUUUUAGUGCAAACCGCUGGAGCAAAAAUGAUCGGAAAAAGAAAAGAAAAAAAACAUGGAAAAGCAAUGUUUCUUCAGCAAGCAAUGCCAAUUUUUCUUUGACUGAUUUUGGAUUAAAGAAAUACCAGAAAAAGUCAAAUUCUGAGACCACACUUGGUGACUGUUUUCUGAAUAUCAAGGAUGUUUCACUCAUGGCCACUCCAAAGAGCUUUGGUUUCCAGGCAUUAUUAAGUACACACAGCUGGUCAAGGCUCAAAGCAGCACUUUCUAUACACAAGAAAAAAAUAGCUGUUUUUACUCCAAAGAAAUUGAACCUUUCCUGUCUAGAUACAAGUACAAAUCUUUUAAAGACCAACUUUGAUCUUACCGCAGAAUCUUUGAGCCAUUUCUCUGGAAACAUUUCUUUAUUGAAUUCUCCAAACAGUAUGUGUGACAUCUCUGAUGCAGAAAAAGUCUAUCAUGAAUGCAAGCAAGAAGGCCCUAUAUCAUUUGAAGAGUGCUUAUCAUCAAACAAAUUGAAGCAGUGUAAAAAGAUUGGUGAAGGAGCUUUUGGAGAAGUGUUUUGCACAACCAAUAACAAUGACGAACUUGUUGCUUUAAAGAUCAUUCCUAUUGAGGGAAAGGAUAUUGUGAAUGGAGAGAACCAGAAGAUGUUUGGUGAAAUCCUACAUGAGAUAAUUAUUUCCAAGGAACUAAGCAGCUUGAAAGAAAGAAAACACAAUCGAUCAGAUGGUUUUAUAACUUUACACAGUCUGCAUUGUGUUAAGGGAUCCUAUCCUGAACCCCUGCUUAAGGCUUGGGAUGCAUUUGAUAAAGAGAGACAAUCUGAAAAUGAUCGACCAGAUUUCUUUGGAAAUGACCAGUUGUUUCUGGUACUAGAAUUUGAAUUUGGAGGGAGUGAUCUUGAAAACAUGCAGAAAAAACUGCCUUCACUGAUUACAGCAAAGAGUAUUUUGCAUCAAGUUACUGCAGCCUUAGCUGUGGCUGAACAGGCUUUUUGUUUUGAACACAGAGAUUUACAUUGGGGAAAUAUACUUGUGAAGAAAACCAACAAUGUGAAAGAAGAAUACAUGUUGAAUGGAACUAAACGUAAUUUAACAACUCACGGCUAUCAUGUGAAUUUGAUAGACUACACUCUAUCUAGACUGGAAAUAGAUGGAUUAACAGUUUCCUGUGAUAUUUCAUCUGAUGAAGCACUUUUUAUGGGACAAGGAGACUAUCAGUUUGACAUUUAUAGAAAAAUGAGGAAAGAAAAUAAUAACAGCUGGAGUGAAUACCACCCUCACAGUAACGUCCUGUGGCUGCAUUACUUAACAGACAAAUUGCUUCACUUAAACUACAAAACAAAAGCCCGAACAUCUGCACUAAGAGCUCUGAAAAAAAGUAUCGAGCAGUUCUACCAAGAUGUCCUCAAAUACGAGUCGGCAAUGGAUGUCUUACAGCACAGUAGCCUUUUCCAAGAAAGCCAAUAAAAUGGGCACUCGAUGCGGUGCGGCUUUUUUCCGCUCAUUAAAAAAAUUGGGCCCAUAUUAUGUCGUUCACAAAUUCUGUUUUGUUUGUUACUUUUUACUUUGAUCAUGGAUAUUUUGCAGAUACUUUGCAAAAUAUCAAAUAAAGCAGAUCAUGUAAAAUGACGUGCUGAUACUAACGGGUCUACUGUCCAGUGUAAAUGUCUUGUAUACAGUAAUUAAAUAUUUUUUAGAGUUUUAAUUUGAGGUUUAUUUUUAUUAAAUUAUCCAACCUCCUUAUUUUCAUAAUUGUUUCAUUAAUAAGUCAUUUUCAUAAUCAUAUUUGGUUUAUGUUUUAACUAUUUACAGUACUUCAUGUAUUACCAAC